ACGUGCGCGGUAGUCUGGGUGGAGCGAAUGAGUUACAUGGGUAAAAGUGCGCUCGAGCUUCUACGUGCUACGAGGGGAAAAAACGUUUUAUAAGUGGACUCGAUAUAGGAACACACGCUGAAAUUGUUUAGAUGGAUAUUUAUUCUGUCAGUGGUACGUUGGAGACCUAGAUCAAGCGGCCUGGAGCGUCGAGAGCUGCAGAGAGAUUUGUGGGAAGUCUGGCACCUGAAGCAGUGAAUUUUAAAGGGGUUAUCCGGUGAAGUAAUGGUCGUAAAUACAAUCCACUGGUUCAGGAAGGGCUUACGGCUCCACGACAAUCCUUCCCUCAAAGAGUCGAUCCGGGGAGCGGACACUGUGCGCUGUGUGUACAUCCUCGAUCCCUGGUUUGCGGGAUCGUCCAAUGUCGGGAUCAGCAGGUGGAGGUUUUUACUACAGUGUUUGGAGGACUUGGACGCCAGCCUCCGCAAACUCAACUCCCGCUUGUUCGUAAUCCGGGGCCAGCCCACCGAUGUGUUCCCCAGGCUCUUCAAGGAGUGGAACAUCAGCCGGCUGUCUUAUGAGUAUGACUCUGAGCCGUUUGGAAAGGAGCGAGAUGCAGCCAUUAAGAAGCUGGCCAGUGAGGCCGGAGUGGAGGUGACGGUACGGAUCUCGCACACGCUCUACGAUCUGGACAAGAUCAUAGAGCUCAACGGUGGCCAGUCUCCACUCACCUACAAGCGCUUCCAGACCCUCAUCAGCAGGAUGGACGCGGUGGAGACCCCUGCCGAGGCCAUCACAGCAGAAGUCAUGGGCUCCUGCACCACUCCUCUGUCUGAUGAUCAUGACGAGAAGUUUGGUGUUCCUUCCCUGGAGGAGCUUGGUUUCGACACAGAGGGGCUGUCCUCAGCUGUCUGGCCCGGGGGCGAGACUGAGGCCCUUACACGGCUCGAGAGGCACCUGGAGAGAAAGGCAUGGGUGGCCAACUUUGAGCGUCCCAGAAUGAACGCCAACUCACUGUUGGCUAGUCCUACUGGCCUCAGUCCUUAUUUAAGGUUUGGCUGCCUCUCGUGUCGACUUUUCUACUUCAAACUCACCGACUUGUACAGGAAGGUGAAGAAGAACAGCUCACCACCUCUCUCACUCUACGGCCAGCUGCUGUGGCGAGAGUUCUUCUACACGGCCGCCACCAACAACCCUCGCUUCGAUAAAAUGGAGGGCAACCCCAUAUGUGUUCAGAUCCCAUGGGACCGCAACCCAGAGGCACUGGCCAAGUGGGCCGAGGGCAGGACAGGCUUCCCCUGGAUCGACGCCAUCAUGACACAGCUGAGGCAGGAGGGGUGGAUCCACCACCUGGCGCGCCACGCCGUGGCCUGCUUCCUAACACGUGGAGACUUGUGGGUCAGCUGGGAGGAGGGCAUGAAGGUGUUUGAGGAGCUGUUGCUGGAUGCAGACUGGAGUGUGAACGCAGGCAGCUGGAUGUGGCUCUCCUGCAGCUCCUUCUUCCAGCAGUUCUUCCACUGUUACUGUCCAGUGGGCUUCGGCCGCCGCACCGACCCCAAUGGGGACUACAUACGACGGUAUUUACCUGUGCUGAGAGGAUUUCCUGCCAAAUACAUCUAUGACCCGUGGAACGCGCCAGAACACGUGCAGAAGUCGGCCAAGUGUGUGAUUGGUGUGCACUACCCGAAGCCCAUGGUGCACCAUGCAGAGGCCAGCCGUCUCAACAUAGAGCGCAUGAAGCAGAUCUACCAGCAGCUGUCCUGUUACCGUGGACUGGGACUGCUGGCGAUGGUGCCAUCUAACCCUAACGGGAAUGGGGAAAACUCCACAAACAUGAUGGGAAUUCCCACUUCGGAUGCCACCCAGGACACUCCUGCAUCCUCCGGAUACCAGAUGCCUGCUAACUCUAAGGGGGAGUGGCCCAGUGGCAUGAUGGUGUAUUCUCAAGGAGACACACAGCCCGGCUGCAACACACAACAAGGCUAUUCAGGAAGCAGUAGUGGGAUGGUGUGUUACAGACAGGAAGCUCAGCAGAUUCCUGGCCCUGUGUUACAGCAAGGGCGGGGACAUCACUCCAGCACUGUACAGACCUCUGGGAAACGUCACAGCGAGAACUCUGGCCAUACCACAGUCUCAAAAUUCCAGAGACAGCACAGUCCUUAAACAGGUUCUCACAUGUGACCAUAGUGUCCUGGAAAAACUGAAGAUCUGUCAUCACUGACACGCACAUACACUGAUUGUUGUGUGUGUGUAUGUUAAAACGAGUGAUUAAAUAUAUAUACACAUUUAAAGCUAAUUAAGGGGAAUCAGGGUGUUGUUGUUUUUUUUUUCCCCAGGAGUGCAUGAUACUUUAUGUACACACUCCCUCACAUUAUCACUUGGACUACACCCAAGCUGACGCCGGCACUCUGGCCAACUUUUGAAGAAAGAAAAAAAUCGAUUGCCCCUGACAAUGUUCUGAUCUCAGUGAGUGUUAGGACUUCUCUUGGCACAGAACUUUGGUGUAUAUAAGAAUUUGUUUAAUACUCACAUACAGACUGUAUAUUUGCUAUUGUAUGUGCUUUCUCUUUAAUUUAGUCUUAGACUCACUGAUAUAUUUUUGAUAUAAAUCAUCACUGUGUAUCAGCUAUAAUUCUUUUUUUGAAAACAUUUGUAGAUUGCAUUUACUGUACACACUGAGGCUGCUCUCUGUCUGCGUCUCUCCCACGUCCUCUGCCUUUCUCUCUGACCUGUUUCACACCACUGCUGUUCGCUCACAUGUUGUCUUCUCCUUUUUCUCGAUCAACCUUCUUAAGCUGCGUAUUCUCGAGUAGUUUUAUCUGCGUAAUUGAAACGGAUCUUAUUCAUCACCUUGUACCAAUUGUCUACUUGUGCACUUGUUUAAUAAAUGCAGUGUAAAUAGCA